AUGGCGUCCGUAUCGUGGGAUGACGAGGAGGAGACGGCGGCGAGCAACGUUCGAUGGCAAGGGAGAACACUCAUUAACUUUGUGGCUGGAAGAUCCAGACUGCGGACGCUGCCGGUUGUGAUCCACAUUCUGCCAAAGGAUAUCGGGUGGUUUUCGGCGGAUGCGUCCCUCUUCGACGAACUCAAGCUGCUGCUCCGAGAGCGUGUGAUCUCCGCCACCGGCAAUGGCGACAAGGACGCCGAAGCACCCAAGUCCCGAAAGCGCGCCCGAAAGGAGGAGGUGUGCAUACAGGGCGAACGGCUUCAGUUCACGUACCGUUACAGAAAAACCUUGCCCAGGUACACUGUUCUGUCUUACACCGGAGACGACAUCGAGCGCGCCAAUAGAGGCAGCAGCUCCGCGGGAAGCAGCAAAGGAAAACGUUGUGUUGGUAGCAAUAGCAGCGGCGGCGGCGGCGGCGGCCCAGCGUUCCGCCACCUCCCCCUCUCGGAGAGCACGCUGCUGGUUUGGGUAUACCCGUUCGACAAAGAUGACCCAUACCGGCCGGUUCCGAACGAGGCCGCCCUGCAGUUCGCAUCCUCGACAUCAACGCCGGCGGCAGCGGACCAAGAAGCGCUUGACGUCGAAGCCAUCGGGAGGCGUUCGGGAGCGGGGACAGGGGCGACGGUUGACGUUCAGGGGGGUCCGCGAGAUACCGGUCUGUUGACGUGGUUGUGGGGAGUCGGGGGCGAGGGAGGCGGCAGCGCAGCAGGAGGUGUGAAGGGGGGCGUGAGGCAGCACUUCAUCGGCAGCGCCUCGUGGCAAGGAAAAUCACCCUCGGAGCAACGACGAGAAGAAGAUGACGACGAUAUUCAGCGAGCCAUUGCCUUGUCUCUCGCGGUUGAGCCGAGAGCGGAGGGCGGCGGGGUAGAAGAGAGCAAAGGGUGA